GACAUGCAACCUUCAUAAGCUCUCCAUCAUCUUCACACUUUUGCGCGAGCACUAUAAAUCUGCACUUCUGCAGAGUGCGCAACUAGUUUGGCCGCGGCGCCAUGGCGAAUUCUGGGAAGAAGCUCAUGGACGGCGGCGGCGUCGCUUUCCAGACGCUUCCACGCGCCGCCGGCGACGAUAAUGCCGACGACGACUAUGUCCGGCCGCCGCCGAGGCCGCUGGUGUCAACCGUGCACGACAAGCCGGCCACCCAUCCUCAGCAGGUGCACAUCUCCGUGGUGGGGGCGAACAGGAUGAGGAUUUGCUGGGUCACCGACGAUGACGACGGCCGGAGCUCGCCGCCGUCCGUCGUGGAGUACGGCACGUCUCCGGGGGAGUACACGGCGUCGGCGACGGGCGACCACGCCACGUACAGCUACUCCGACUACAAGUCCGGCGCGAUACACCACGUCACCAUCGGCCCGCUCGAGCCGGCCACCACGUACUACUACCGCUGUGGCGCCGGCGAGGAGGAGGAGCUCAGCCUCAGGACUCCUCCGGCGAAGCUGCCCGUUGAGUUCGUCGUCAUCGGCGACGUGGGGCAGACGGAGUGGACGGCGGCGACGCUGUCGCACAUCGGCGAAAAGGAUUACGACGUGGCGCUCGUCGCCGGCGACCUGUCGUACGCGGACGGGAAGCAGCCGCUGUGGGACUCGUUCGGGCGGCUGGUGCAGCCGCUGGCGAGCGCGCGGCCGUGGAUGGUGACGGAGGGCAACCACGAGAAGGAGAAGACGCCGCCGCCGCCGCCCGUCGCCGGCGCCGGCGCCGGCGUGCGGCUGUCGCCGUCGCGGUUCGCGGCGUACAACGCGCGGUGGCGGAUGCCGCGGGAGGAGAGCGGGUCGCCGUCGAGCCUCUACUACUCGUUCGACGCGGCGGGCGGCGCGGCGCACGUGGUUAUGCUGGGGUCGUACGCCUACGUGGAGGAGCGCGGCUAGGGGACGGCGGAGAAGCGCGCGUGGCUGGAGCGCGACCUCGCCGGCGUGGACAGGCGGAGGACGCCGUGGGUGGUGGCGGUGGCGCACGGGCCGUGGUACAGCACCAACGGGGCGCACCAGGGCGAGGGCGAGCGGAUGCGCCGCGCCAUGGAGCCCCUCCUCUACGACGCCCGCGUCGACGUCGUCUUCUCCGCCCACGUCCACGCCUACGAGCGAUUCACGAGGAUCUACGACAACGAAGCCAACAGCCAGGGCCCGAUGUACAUCACCAUUGGCGACGGAGGCAACGUGGACGGACAUUCUGACAAGUUCAUCGAGGAUCAUGAGUUGGCACACCUGUCGGAGUUCAGGGAGAUGAGCUUCGGGCAUGGGCGUCUGAGGAUCGUGAGCGAGACGAAGGCCAUCUGGACAUGGCACCGCAACGACGACCAGCAUGCCACUGUUCGCGACGUCGUUGUGCUGGAGAGCAUGGCUGGAGCUAAGACAAAUUAACCUCCGCGGAUCAACGAGCUGUAUCAAAGAUAAUUAAUUAAUUACUCCACACGUUCAGGUUCUCGAUGUGAUGCUAUGGUUUGAUUAGGAGGAAUAAAAUGCGCCAUGUUAUCUGUGUCUCGAGUGUGCGUGAUCAGUCACCAACUCAUUAUUAUCUUUUGCUAGAAAGGAAAAAAAAAUAAUGAUAUAUCAUUACACAAGCGGUACUUAAACAUGUAGUGAAGUUUUACUUAGGUCCACAAACUUGCAAAAUACACAUCGAGAUCAUUAAACUUGGUAUAUCAUCCUGGUCCAAACUCUGGUUUGACCGUGGUCUUGCCUACGUGGCAUACCACAUGGACGAUGACAUUGCUAAAUUUUCUUUUAAACUUUUUUUUCUCUCCAUCUUUUCUAUUUCUAUUUUUAUAUAGUAGAAUAGAAAUAGAAAGAAUAGAAAGUUUAGUGUCCACGUAGCAUGCCACGUAGACAAGACCACUGUCAAACGAGGCUUUGGACCGAGAUGAUAUAUUAAACCAAGUUUAGUGAUCUCUCGAUGCGCAUUUUGCAAGUUCGUGAAACUAAUUGAAACCUCGUUAGAAGUUUAAGGACCGCUAGUGUAAUUUACUAUAUAUAUAUAUAAAUAUAUGUACGCGACCUUGAUACAUGGAUUUAAUUUGUCGAGUAUAAAUUGCUGCAGAUUUUGCUGAUGAAUUUUUUUCUAUGAAUCGAUGAAAUUAAAUCUCUGUC